AUGACACCCACACCCAUUGAUUUGGAUGUAGCUAUUGUAGGAGGUGGUCCAGGAGGCCUGGCCACAGCUUUGGCCAUCACCCGAGCAGUGAAGGGCACCCGAGUAAAGGUGUUCGAGCGAGCAAAGAAGUACCGCCCGCUGGGAGCUGGGGUAGGCAUGGACGUCAAUGGUAUGAAGGCUAUAGAGGCCAUAGAUCCAGCCCUAGAGAAAUGGUUCUACGACAACGGAUGGACUGUCCCAGUAGCAAAGACUUUUGAUGAGAUAGGCAAUGAGGUGAAGUCGGAAAAGAUGGACCCCAGCAAAUCUUUGAGCAAGUACGGCAAGCGGGGAACCAUUCUGGGCUGGUAUGAGAUCCAGUCAGCAUUCUACCGCGCCCUGCCUCCCGACACUGUGGUGUUUGACUCCAGGUUCGAGUCUUAUGAGGAGGACAGCGAAGGGGUCACAGUGAAGUUUGAGGGCGGCGAGCCAGGCCCAGUGCGCGCCAAGGUGCUGAUUGGCGCAGAUGGCUACUUCUCAGCAGUGCGGCAGCAGUGUCUCGAUGAUGGUCCCCCAGACUUUGCGGGCACGGUGUGUUGGCGGGCGAGGGUGAACAUGAAGCAGCCACUGGAGCACAGCAGCUGGUACUUUGGCGCAGAGAAGGUGGGCCUGCUGUACCCAAUCAGCAAAGACCACAUGGUGUGGACGGGCUCUGCGCCCAUCCGGCUGGUGAAGGAGGCUGGGGUUGACUUUGACCCUUCCAACGGCGGCCGCUUCCGUGCUUCCACACAGGCCAUUGAGGGCGUCGACAAUGCUCUGGAGAGGUGUCUUGAGGUGUUUGCCGGCCUGGACACCUUCCUGGACAUUGUUGGGGACGUCCUUCUUCAAAGGUGUCUCAAGGUGUUCGCGGGCUACCCCGAGACCUUCCUGGACAUCAUUCGGGAGACAGAUCCGCGCGCGGUGGCGGAGCACGGCAUAUUCACCCGGCAGGCUGAGGCGCUGCCCGCCGACGGCUGGGGCCGCGGCCGUGUCACCCUCGUCGGAGACGCAGCACACCCCGUACGGCCCACCGGCCAGGGUCUCAACAUGACGAUGGAGGACGCGGCAGAGCUGGCGUGGCACGUGCAGCAGAGCGGCCUGACGCCCGAGGCGCUGCGCAGCUUUGAGCUCGAGCGAAUUCCCCGCGUCGGGGUCAUUGUGAAAAAGGCUCAGCAACAAGGGGAGGCCGCAUACAAGAAGCAUGCGAAGGACGCUACGAGAGACAACCGCUCGUUUGCGACGGAGGAGGAAUACAACGAUUUCAAAAACAAAAAGGAAUUCCGGCCGCUGGUGCCUGAACAGGCCGCCUCCAGCUGCCAGGAAGCUGCGCCCAUCAGCACAGAGGGACUCGAAACUGCCCAGAAGCCGGAAAAGGAAGUGGCCUUUGCUGGGCUGGAGAAAAGACCUGCACUGGUGGCUGGGGCUGCCCUAUUGGGCAGCAUUGGGCUGGCCGCCCUUGCCAGAGUGGUCGCGCGUGCCUGA